AGAGGAGAUGCGAUGCUGCAAGCUGGGUGAUGGAAUGGACCCCGCGCGGGAGUCCGAGGCCCAAGGUUUUCAGGAGGAGAACCGAAGGACGUGCUGGUCACGCUCUGGUCGACCACCAAGAUACUGAUACGUCUCAUUCAAUUUAGCCAAAGGUUUAUUCUAUUCCCAACUCCAGCGGUUCGAAAUGUCCGGGGUAGGCGGAAUGAGUUGGCAAUGACGGGAUGGGACCAUAGCUGAUAUACUCCUCGUCGCUCUAACCCCAGCCAGCGCCUGUUCCCUGACCAGGGCGAAAUCUGUCAUUUGUUUCCCGGCACUGUCUGCUAAAUCUCGCGACAGCUCGGGCGACGGUUUCCAUGGUGCUGUUGUUCGAUGAGCCAUUGGCAGACACGGCCGGCCGAGCCCAGUGCUUUGGAACGCCCGGACAACGCGUAAAUCGUGCCCUAGCAACCAACGCACAUGACAACAAGACCCCCUAAAACAGCGGGAGCGCGGGCGGACCUCAUUCUCCCAAGGUGGAUGCGGACACACGCUCCGAGAGCACAAUGGAAGCCUACGUGUCCUCCUAUGCCAAGAAUACGGCCCUUCGUAAAGUCCACGAGAGGGAUUGUAUGAGCAGUAAUGCUAUCAUUGGGACAGGGUCCAGACAACUUUUGAAUUUGCCCUUGGGGGCCAAGUUACCGUUACUUCCAGGGAGUGGAGUCCUCCUAUAUACAACAAAUCUGGGUGAAAAGCUUCAUCAACCAUCUAGUGAGUUCAACCUCACAGACCCCAAUCUUCACCUAUUGAAACUGAAUUACAAAAGCCUUCAUGAUCCUUAUUUGAGUAGCUACUACAGGCGUAAAGAUAUUCUGAGAAAGUUAAAAAAUCAGGGGCUUAUCACAGAAAAUAACAAGAUUAUAUGCACUUUGAAGGAAUUUAAUGAGUAUAGAGAUUACCUCACCAGUAUCAAAUUAGAUUUUGAAAGAAAAUAUGCCCAAGAACAGCACUUUCUUGUGAAGCAAUUACUGAAUCUUCAAGAUCAAGGUCUUGCACAGGGAAUAACCCUUUCCGACCUACAGGAGUGGCUCACAAAUGAAUCCAAGAAAAAUAUAAGCAGGAAGUCUCUAAGGGAAAGGUUUUUCAAAAUGAUCCAAACAGAAGAAAAUAUCAAAGACUUGAUAAAAGAACAGAAAUGCUGUGCUGUUCUGGCAAGUGGAACCAAAGAUGGAAGCCCAAAUUCAAAACAGCUGGUACACCAAAUUCAACAAGAGGAACUGAAUAUAAAGGAAAGGUCAAUUUUGAUGCGACUUGAAGAAGAUGUAAAAAGUGAAUUUAAUCUGGAAAAGAGAAGAAGGAAAGCUAAGGAAGAGAGAGCGAGAAAGAGGCAAGAAUCAUUUGAAAGGAAGAUGGACUACCAAAUUCAAAAACUCCGUGAGUUUAUUGAACGACAAGAACAGUUUGAAAGAUGUAGAGGGGAAGGUGGUGAACGUGGAGGUGGUGAGCCCAGGGUUAAAAAAGGAGCAUCCAAAAAAUUGAAGAAAACUGAUUCAAGAUGUUUGGAUGACAAGUGGGCCCGACUAUCCAGAGGUGAAUGCGCAAUAAUCCCUGAAGGUCAAUUCGCAGUGGUUCAAGAAAGGGAGCAGAUGCAAGUUCCAACAAAACCAAUGAUGACCUUAGAAGAACUAAACAGAUUAAUUCAAAACAUAAUUGCAUUUGUUGUAGGAGUAUUGACCAGCAUUGUAUAUCCAGCACUUCAAAAGUAUGAAGAAAUUAAGUCAGAUCUCAAUAAAAGUCAAGAUUUCUCUGAGGAUUCAGAAUCCACAGAGCAGCAAAUUCCUCAUAUUCCUACCAAAGGGCCUCAAUUCAUUGAUAGUAAAAUUGGUACUGAAGAAAUUAAAUUAUCUGAAAAACAAGUUGGAACUGAAUUGCUUGAAAUGUCUGAAAAGGGAAUUGAAACAGAAUUAGUGGAAGUAUCUGAAAAGGAAAUUGAAACUGAAUUACUAGAAAUGUCUAAUAAAGAAGUUGAAACUGAUUUACUUGAACUGCCUGAAAAAACUAUGGAAUCUGAUUUAAUUGCAGUAUCUGAAAGGGGAAUGGAAACUGAUUUAAUUUCAUUAUUGGAAAAGGAUGUGGAAACUGAUUUACUUGAACUGUCUGACAAGGAAAUUGAAACUGACUUAAUUGAAGAGAUUGGAACUGAAAUGAAAACAAAAGAAAUUCAGAAUUCCGAAAAGGAAGUUGAAACUGAUAAAAUUGAAGUCAAUGAAAAGAAAGUUGGUACUGAAAAGGAAGACUUCCCUAUAAGUGGAGAACCUGGUGAGAGCGAGAUGUCUGAGGGGAUUGAGGAAUCUGAGGAAUCAGAGUCAGGGGAAAGUGAAGAAUCUGUUGAAAGCCAGGAAUCCACUGAGUGUGAAGACUAUCCUGAGGUUGAAGAGAUUGUGGAGCCUCAGGAUUCUGACAAGAGACCAGGAAGCAUUUUAAGCCUAGUUUCUGCCAAAGACCAAGAAGAUACUCAAAGCCCAGUUCCUGGUAAAGAUCAAGAUAUUGCCGAAAGCCCGGAAGCUGUUAAAAGCCCGGAAGCUGUUGAAAGCCCGGAAGCUCCCGAAAGCCAAGAAGCUGUUGGAAGCCAAGAAGCUGCCAAAAGCCAAGAAACCAUUGAAAGCCUGGAAGCUUCCGAAAGCCAAGAAACCAUUGAAAGCCUGGAAGCUGCGGAAAGCCAAGAAGCUGCCGAAAGCCAAAUGGCCAGUGAAGAUCAAGAAACUGCUGAGAGCCAAGGAAUUACUGAAGAAGAAGAAGAAGAAGAAGAAGAAGAAGAAAAAGAAGAAGAAGAAGCAACUGAUGAGCAAGAUAUUGCUGAAGGCCAACUUCCCAAAGACCAAAAAUUGUCUGAAAGCCUAAUUAUUGCUGAGGACCAAGAAGUUGCAGAAGAUCAAGAUGCCAUUGAAAGCGAAGGAGCUGCCAAAGAACCAGUUACUUCCAAAGAUUCUGAUGUUGAAAUUCAAGAUGUUGGUGAAAAACAAAGUCUCAUUGAAAGCCAGCCUUCCUCCAUAAGUCAAACUUCUUUAGCAAGUGAAACCCAGGCCAUUAUACAAACACAAGAUGACACAGAAAAGCCAGAUUUCACUGAAAAUAUGUCAGCUGGUCAGAUUUCUCCAUCAGAGAUGAGUGACAUUGCUGAUGAAAUGGUCAAUGAUGUCAUUGUAUCUGUUAAUGAAAAUCCCCUAAGUUCGCCUAUGAAACUACUGCCCUCGCUCAAUUACCUUUGUGAAGUUUUAAGUAAAUGUCAUGAAAAGGUGGAUGUGGAUAAGAGAGAUGUUCUGGCUAUUUGCAAAUCCCAAAUACUUCCAGCAGCUGAAAAUAUUUUAAGAGUAAGUCUAGAAAAAUUAACUGCAGCACACCCUCAUCUGGUAUAUAUCCUCACCGGUUUUCCUAGUACACAAAAGACAAAUGUGAAUUCCAGGAAAUUAAUUUUUAGUUGCAAAGUCCAUUGCCUUGCCAUUGAUAUUGUAAAUAAUAUUCUUCAGAAUCUGCAUUGUAUUCUCAUAGGUGAUGUUAUUGAUACUAUCUUAAAAUCCAAACCAACAGCCUCAUGUUUAUAUGAUAAAGAUAAUGGAACAGUUAAAAAUGAACAGGUUCCUAGUUCAGAAACUAAAACAUCAAGUCCCAAAAGUGAUGAUCUUUGCCUGACUAAUAUAGAACAAGAGUUUUCCAGACCAUAUGUACAUAAAAUCUGUUUGAGACCUACAGAGGAACUUCCUAAAAUAACUUCAGAAUCACAGUGCUCUGAAAUAUUCAGCAUUGUUGAAAGCAUGAAUAAGUUUGUAUCAACAAGAGUUGAGGCUGUCACUUCUCCCAAAAUGAAACCAGUUUUUUGCACUGAUUCUCCUGUACCACAGUGCGAAAGCCCAGUAAUAGAUUUCAGUGAGGAUGCUAAGAAAAUAGUAAUCCACAUCCUCAAAGCAAUACAUAAUGAAGUAAAAAUAAAAGCAGUCACAAGACUUAAAUGUGGAACCGAUAUGUCUCUGCUUCAAGAAUCUAUGUUAGUAGAUGAAAUACUUGAUGCUAUUUUGAAUGCUGUUAGUGGUAAACGUCCUGAGGAUUUCACUAAACUAAAAGUGCAGAGAAGAGUAAAGCCUAAAGCAUCAGGUGGGUCCAUGGAGAUCCCAGAAACAAAGCCUAAGCCACCAGCUGGUCCUAUGAAAAUCCCAGAAACAAAACCUAAACCAUCAGCUGGUCCUAUGAAAAUCCCAGAAACAAAGCCUAAACCAUCAGCUGGUCCUAUGAAAAUCCCAGAAACAAAACCUAAACCAUCAGCUGGUCCUAUGAAAAUCCCAGAAACAAAGCCUAAACCAUCAGCUGGUCCUAUGAAAAUCCCAGAAACAAAGCCUAAACCACCAGCUGGCCCUGUGGAGAUCCCAGAAACAAAGCCUAAACCAUCAGCUGGCCCUGUGGAGAUCCCAGAAACAAAGCCUAAAUCAUCAGCUGGUCCCGUGGAGAUCCCAGAAACAAAGCCUAAAUCAUCAGCUGGUCCUAUGAAAAUCCCAGAAGCAAAGCCUAAACCACCAGCUGGUCCCGUGGAGAUCCCAGAAACAAAGCCUAAACUGAAAAAAAAACAUAUAAAAACAACUGAGCAAAUGAUUUCCACACCCAAAAGUGAAACACUUCCUGCUGUCAAUAUUCCUGGAAUGGUUAUUUAUCCGCAAAUGGAGGAAGUUAGUCAUAUCUCAUCCACUAAAAGCCCAUCAGUACAAAAGCAACAGAGAAAAAUUGACACCAAACCAGAGGAACCAAAGAAAGAUAAAAAACUCCCAAGUACGUCCAGAAGAGAUUCCAAGCUACCAAAUCAACAUGAUCUUAAUGAGGAGGAGCUUACUUAUAAACCAAAAGAUAUUCCUGAGGGGAGCUUGUUAGAAAAAUUGUUCAAGUCUGAGGGAACUUCAACAUCUGAUCUUUAUCCUGAAAGAAAACUAAAAGAGAUACAAACCCUGCCCCAAAAAUGUUUUGCCAAAGACAAAAAAAUACAAACAAAAUAUAAAAAAGACAAACAACCACAGAUAGGCAAAAACCUAAAACACCGAAAAAUAAAGGACUCACAACAAACAAGCAAAGACACCAGUUUGAUAGACAAGGAAUCAAAACUGCCAGACAAAGACAAAGAACAAAAAGAAUCCUUAUCUGCAUCUGACACUGAACUAUUACCAGACAAAGAAACAGCACCUCUACCAGACCAGGAAUCGACAGUAACACUGGACAAGCAAUCAGCUCAUCCAACAGAUAAGGAGUCAGCACUUUUACUAGAUGAGCAAUUGACAAUGCAACUGGAAAAGAAAUCAACAGAUGAGGAAUUGGGAUCAAUGGCAGAAAAAGAGUCAACAUCUUCACCUGAGGAACCAAUGCUUCUAGCCGACACAGAAUCUGCUGCAGUAGCAGACAAGGAAUCAGCACCAUUACUAGCCAGGGAAUCAGCUUCACUAACAGAUAGGGAGUCAGCAACACUGACAGACAAGGAGGCAGCACCGUUUCCAGCCAAGGAAUCAGCUCCACCAACAGACAAGGAGACAGCACCAUUAUCAGCCAAGGAAUCAGCUACAAAGAUAGAUAAGGAGCCAGCAUUGUUAUCAGCCAAGGAAUCGACUCCAGAAAUAGAUAAGGAGUCGGCACUGCUAUCAGCCAAGGAAUCGGCUCCAGAAAUAGAUAAGGAGUCAGUGCCAUUACCAGCCGAGGAAUCACCUCCACCAACAGACAAAGACUUAGCACAAUUACCAGCCAAGGAAUCAGCUCUAUCAAUAGACAAGGAUACAGUACCAUUAUCAGCCAAGGAAUCAGCUCUAUCAAUAGACAAGGAUACAGUACCAUUAUCAGCCAAGGAAUCAGCUCUAUCAAUAGACAAGGAUAUAGUACCAUUAUCAGCCAAGGAAUCAGCUCUAUCAAUAGACAAGGAUACAGUACUAUUAUCAGCCAAGGAAUCAACUCCACAGACAGAUAAGGAGUUAGCACCAUUACCAGCCAAGGAAUUACCUCCACCAACAGACAAAGAGUUAGCACAGUUACCAGCCAAGGAAUCAGCUCUAUCAAUAGACAAGGAUACAGUACCAUUAUCAGCCAAGAAAUCAGCUCUAUCAAUAGACAAGGAUACAGUACCAUUAUCAGCCAAGGAAUCAACUCCACAGACAGAUAAGGAGUCAGCACCAUUACCAGCCAAGGAAUCAGCUCCACCAACAGACAAGGAUACAGCACCACUGAUGGACAAGAAAUCAGUAUUAACAGCAGAAAAAGAAUCAGCACAAUUACCAGAAAAGCAAUCAGCUGUGCCACCACCAAGGGAGUCAGAUCUACGAUUAGAGAAGAGGAAAACAUCUCUAUCCAGUGAUGCAUCAACAGCAAGCAAAGAAGUAAAACAACCACCAGUCAAAGAAUCAACACAACAAAUGGAUAAAGGACUAAAGCAACAAAUAGAGAAAGGAUCAAAACAAAUACCAGACAAAGACACAAAAACUCCAAAAGUCAAAGACAAAAAAAGACAUUCUGAGCCACUCCCUGAUCUUAAUCCAGAGCUAAUCAAGGCAGUAUCUCAGGUAAUUGUGGGACUUAUUUUGGACAGAUUUGGUUUAUCAGAAGGAAAAGAAGCUCGGGAGCAUGUGGGAAAAAAACGACGGAAUUCAGGUGGCAAAUUUGAUCUGGAUGGUUCCAGUUUGGCUUUGCGUUCUCCCAGUAAAAUUGACCCUGAACAGUUUAUUGCUGGUGACUCAGCUGGAAGUAUGGCAACAGUUAAGAAAAGGUCUAUGUCUAUCAACUUGUCGCAAACUGAUCUGAUGUCAUCUAGAAUUUUACCCCCGAUACUGGCCUCUGAUCAAUCAGACCCUGUUCAAAAACAAGGGAAAUCUACGAAUGCUGCAGAAGCAAUAGCAGGUGCAAUUUCAUCAAAUGAGUUACAUAUUGAAUUGAUAUGGAUAAAGUCACCUUCAACUGUAACAAAGUUAGACAAGUUGGUAUCAAACCUAGGUGUCAAUCUUGCCUCUGGUGACAUUGUCACUAAUGUUGUGGAUGCUAUUUUAGACAAUAUUGUUUCUUCAUCAGACAAAAGAACAGGAAGGAAAUCUGUGAGAUCAGCAUCUAAAAAUGCAUCGGUAAAGCAAUCUGGUAAAGCUUCGGAAUCUGCUGCAGUUCAGCCCCAGAACGCACCAGUGCUUUCACAGAACUCAAUGUUGUUAGUAACUGAAGUUGCUGAGGAACUAGUUAGCAACUUAUUGCAAAAGUGCCUUCUGUUUCAAGAUCAACCGACAACUGAUUCUCAGGUUGGAAUUGCUCAACUUUCAAGCCCUCGUAAUACCAAGCCAAGUGAAGCUAUGUUAUUUGGCUCCUCUAUAUCUAAAUCACAGUAUGAGAAGGUCUUCAGCAUAAUAAUGAAAUCAGUUACUGAUAUUUUAGCAGGUAAGCUAAAUCUACCAAGUGAAAAUGUGAUAUCUUCAACUAAGGUUAUUUCCAAGCAUGAAAUGUCAAAAACUGCAAUGGACGCUUUUGAUUUUAAACCUGAUAAUGGAUUUAUAAUGGAGAAGCCAGCACCCACUACUUCAGUAGCUGUAAAAGGAAAAUCUCGGUAUUUAGAAGAAACCAGCUUAAAUUCAAGUGUCAUGAAUUAUUCAGGAAACAGUUCUAUGGAACAAGAAACUAUUAUUAAAAAGUUGCCAAAGAAGCGCAGAUUAUCUUUAAGUAAGAUUUCAAUUAGUCCCACUAAAUCAUCCUCAUUAGAAAGUCAAAAAUUUGGGAAGAGGCCAGAACACUUACCAGAAGCAAUUCCAAGAUCUAAAAAGCCUGCUACAACAAAAAAGAAUAUUGCUAAGAAAAAACCUUCAGUUAAUGAAAGUGUGGGUAGACUACCACUUUUCCACAAAGUAAAAGAAAUAAAAAUAAUAAAGGAUGAGAAAUCAGAAAAAAUUGCCAUUAAAGGUAAACCAGUUCAGAAGCCUACCCACCUUGAUAAUAAGCAUGUUCUGGAAACACUUGAUAAACCUGCUGUGCAUCCAUCUGACUCAAAAAGUGAUAAACCAAUUCAAGAAUCAUUUGAGCUUCUUGAUGAAAAACUUGUAAAAUUACUUACAGCUCAACUUAAAUGUGAGAUUUCAGAAAUGGUUAAAUCCCAAAAAAAAGCAGAUGUUGAAACUCCAGAGACAUCAGAAACUGGUAACAAGUCUCACAUCAUUCGUGAUUCUUGCCUUGAACUACUUCCAGAAGAUACUUCAGUAAAUGUGGUAGAUCAUGUCAAAAAAUUAAUUGGCCUUUCACUGCAUUCGCUAGAACAAAGGUCGGAGACUGAGAAACAGCAAAUAUGUGCUAAUAAAUCAACAGAUUUGACAAAUACUGCUGGUGAAUUUACUGAAUGUUUUGUAAAACUGUUCAAUGAAAUGAGAAGCUCAGUGUCUCAGUCAUGUAAGUUAAGCCUUACCUCUCCAGAUUUUUUAAAUGCUGUAUAUAAUGAAAUAAAAAAAUCAUUGGCGUCCCAUACAGAACAAAAAUCUGGGUCAGGUCAAGUAGCAAAACACACCAAAGUACCAAGUGAAAGAAAAAGACACGUUAAUAAACUUGGUGAACAGGUCACAAACCAGCUUCAUGAAAUAUUGCAAACAAAAACUGAGAUGCUAGCCUCGAGUUCUAGAGGUGUAACUGAUCUAAAGACAACAGAGACAGCAAAACUUAUGAAGGAAGAACUCAUAAAGUUUGCUUUACAGCACCUAUUAAAUGAUGAAAAGUUUUCACAGGAAAUUAGAAGCAUUGUUGAUGAAGAAAGAAAAGUAAUUUCACCUCCAGCGAGGAAUCUUAUGGCCAUUUACACCCCAGACAUUUUGAAAGAUAUUGUUUCAAAAAUUAUUGAUGUUUUACUUGAGAAGGUAGAUUCCACAUUAAGCUUUGUUCCUCUUAAAAAUGAAGUAAGUGAUGUUUCUCAAGAACUUGUUAAUGCCAUUGUUGAAGAGGUAGAAAGGAAAUACACUUGUACAGAUUCAUUGGAAGUUGGUUCGAGCAUAGAUGAAACUUUGGAUGAACCAGCCACAAAGAAGACAAAUCAAAUCAUAUUUUUUGCCAGUAUGCUUACUUCACUUAAAUUUGUAAGCAAUGUCACUGAACAAGUCAAGAAAAUCCUUUCUUUGAAACCACUAAUGCAAAAUCAGAUUGUUCUUAAAAAGCCUUUGAGAUGUACGGAAAAAUGCAUAGAAAUUGCACCUGAGCCCAUUUCUUCAUAUUCUGAUUUAAUUUCAGUUGACCUUGUCAGAUUUGUUUUAGAACAAAUUCAAACAAUCAUUACUUGUUCUGUAUCCUCAAAUGAAAUGCAAUCACAAAUAGCGAGCUGUGGAAUGUCAAUUGUUGAUACCAGUUCAAAGGACACUGCUGCUCCAAAAAUCUGUGGUGUGCAGUCAACUGGCAGCUCAAAAAUAAAUAAAAGGAGAAUAUCAUUCAGCCUACCACGAGAAUCAGUUUGUGAAAAAAUAUAUUCGGAUAGCAUUUCACCAGCCUUUGAUAGCGUAGCUGAAGAAGCACCAGAAGAUGUGUGUUGCUAUAAGCCAGGCAUUUCUGGCUUAACGAAAAUGUCUGAAGUAUUGGUUGAAAAUAUAGUUGAUACAGUAUUCCCUUCAGAGUCAUCAAAUGAAGAAACAGGAGUAUGUCCAUUUGUUAGAACAUCUGGUGCAUUCGACGAAGGUAUGGCAAGUAAAUUGGUACAAUUCAUUAGAGAUGAAAAAAAGAAAUGUCAAGUUUCAGAUGCUGUGUUACCUGAAUCUCCUGAAUCAGAUCUCAGAGUGGAAAAACUUGCUUCUCAAACAAUUGAAGAAAUUGGAUCACAUUUCUUCCUUCCACAUGUUGAUUCAGAUGAAAGACAAAUCUGUGGGGAAGAAGAGACAAUUUAUAAGGGUCAUAAACAAGAUAUAAAACCUACCUGUUCAGAACCUCAUCUGGCUGAAAAUAUUGAUGUAGUAUUACAACCCAAUGUCUUGAAAUCUAUCACUGAUUAUGUAAAGCAGAGUGUCUAUCAAAGCCAGUUAGAUCUGUUAUGCGGGUUGAGAGAAGUAGAUACAUUUAAAAAGGAUACCACGAGGCAAGAACUGCAGGAUUUCUUCCUUGAGCAAGUAACUAAAGAGAACAUACAGAAAAUUGUAGAAUGCAAAAAACACACCCUAUUUAUUGACAAGCAGCAAUCAGAAUGGAUACCUUUGGAAGAGAAGAAAAGUGAGGAAAAUGUGUAUACAGCUGAUGAUCUUGACUAUGAUUCAGUAUGUCCAUUAACACAAAAAGAGACUGUUGUAUCAUGGAUCCCAACACCACCAGUUUGUGAUGAAAAAUAUAAUGAAAGUUUUGUUUCAGUUGAUGAACUAUAUAAAAUAUUAUGUAGGGAAGGAAAGGAAAGAGAGAAAAAUUUGCCACAAGUUACAGAUUCAAUUUUACAAGCUCCAGUGAUUGAAUCUACUGCAAGAACAAAAUCGUCUCAAUUAAAUCUGCUCUCAGAUCCAAUUAUUUCAAAUACCUUCCAAGAAUUAGAAAGCAGUUUUAAAUCACCAUGUGUUUGCCCAUUCAAACCUAUGGAUACUAAUAUCUAUAAGUUUCCUGACGAGCAGAGAACCUCAUCAGAACACUCAGACAAAGAGAGAAUAUGUGCACUAUCUGACUUUGUGACAUUACCGACAGAAGAAAUAGAUACAUAUGCUUCCACCUGCACAUGCCCACUGCAUUUUAAAGAUAGAAAGCUUUCUGUUUCUUCAACUUCAACUGGAAGCAGUGAAGCAGAAAGCCUUGUUCAAGCUGCUCUGUGUAAUAUUUGGGAUGCUAUGCCUUAUGAAAAAGAACUUGCUUCAGAGUCACACGAACAUGAUAAACCACACUCAAGUGAAAGUUCUAUUGCACUGGAUGAUUUGACUGAAGAACUAUUAACAGAUGCAUUGAUUUCCAUUUUCUCAUCUACGACAAACUCAGUUUUGCAGGAAUCAUUGGACAAAUCAAGUCUAUCAUCUUCCCAAUUAAAUUUAUUUUCAGAAAAUAUUGUUUCAGAUAUUAUGCAAGGAUUAAAGCAAAGCCCUGAGUCUUCUGUGUCCUCUCUAUGUUUACCUUCAUCCAAUGAAUCAUCUGGAAAAGACAGUAGUCCAAGGGCAACUCUUCAUAAAGAUAAUUUAAGGAAACUAGCGCCAAGCAAGCCACAAUUUUCUGGAAAUGUUAGCUGUCAUGGUAAAACUGCACAAAAAUUUACAGAAGAAGAGCUUUCUUCAUCUUCCACUUCAGCAGAUUCAACUGUAAGUAGAGAUGCAGAUCGUUUAGUUGAAACGGUUCUGUGUAAUAUUUCAAGAAAGGAUAAUGAGGACCUAUGUAGCUCUAAACUAAUUCAACAGGAAAAGGCAAUACAACAGAAAAGAGCAACUCAGCUUGAAGUUUCUAGUGCAAGUUCCCUUUCAUUAAAUGAAUUUACUGGAGGGUUCUCAAAAGAGGAUUUUGCUGCUAUUUAUUCUUAUGUUACAGAUAUGCUUUCAAGUAAAUCGCUCACUCAGCCAUCUCUAACAGGAAGUCAGUCUCAGACAAGUUCUCUUGCAGAAAAUGUUGUAGCAGAUAUUAUGCAAGAUUUACCUGAAGCACCUACUUCCUUCCCAACUAGACCUUCUUUUGAUAAUGCCAGUUCAAGGAAGUUAAGCAUGAGUAUUGCAGCAGAACACCCAAGUCCCACAAAUGAAAGCUCAAUCCUUAAAAUCACUGAAGGAAUACGGCUGUCUGACUCCUCUUCUGCAGAAGGGACAUCACAAUCAACGUCAACUGAAGCAGAGGAUAUGGUUCAUAUUGCUUUGAAUGAUUUGUCAAUUACAAACCUUUUGGAGAUUGAGGAUGCAAUACCUGUGAGAAUUGUACCACGUAAAGGAUUAACAGAAUUCAACGUAAACCCAGAGAUAAUCUCAGAACAUUUGUCAGUAAUUUCAAUCAAGACUGAGCCACUUGAGGUACUUCAGCAGAUGACUUUGCUUCAAACUGGUCAAAGUUUAGAUGAAAUUCGUAAAACUUCAAUAGACAGUAUGUCACAGCUAACAUCACCCAUGUCAAGGCGUAUCAGUUUUGAGAAAUCAGGAGGAUCAACGAGAAGGGGCUCUUUGAAUGAACAAGGUAGAUUGGAUGUGAAACGAAAUGAGGUGAUCGCCAGAAACUCUUUUAUAAAUUUGCACAAUCCUGAUAUUUCUAAAGUAGAACUUUUAAAAGAUGUGAGAACAACUAGGGACUUAAUAAUGCGCUUGUUAGCCCAUGGUGUUGAACAAGAUCCAGAUCUUGACUGUGAGAAUGAUACAGAAGAAGAGAUAGAAAUUCAAAGCAUAGACAAUUUUGAGAGUGUUGGAAUGUUUGCUGUUGACAUAGAAGAAAAGCAUUCAAUUUCCAAGACAGAUGGUAUUAUAAAAGAUGAAAUUCCUAACUUAUUAUUGGAAGGGUUGGGCAGUAUUGGUGACAAAACGAUUAAUGACUUAUCGGUUGAAAAACUGCGAUACAACAUUGCACGGUCUGAAAGAAGACAAAGUUUUGAAGCUUUCAUAGAACUUCUGCGCAGGACAUCAGAGUAUGAACCUGGAAAUGAACUAGUAUCACUGCAGAACUGGUUUACCCUUCACAAUAUAAAAGAAAUUGGUGCCAUUAGUGGAGCCAGAAGAAGAACAUCUGCAGACGGCCAUAUUCCACAUCCCCCACAAGAGAGGAAACCAAAGGCAAAAGAUUGCAGUCGUGUACGUUUUGACUUUAAAACUCUUAUUUCUUCAAAGAUUUCCAGCACGACCACAGCAGAACUGAAAAAAAGAGAAACUAAACAUCAAUCAAAGUCAUCACCCAAAUGAAGUUCAGAAGUUUAAUAAAGGUUUAAUAUCAACAGAAUUUACAGCUAUAUUACAGAAAUAUAAUAUCAAAUAAAGCUAGCCAUCUCAGAGAACUAUCUUUGAUAUUUUACUUCCUGUAUUAUUUUAAGCAUCAGUGUUGUAAAUAUACAGUAUUAUGAGAUGUUAGGGUUACAGAUGUUGCCUAUUCUCCUCAUGAUGCUACAUGCCAAGACAAUAGGUAAAUAAGUUUUGAUUUAUAAUUUCUGAUGUGGUGGUAUACCACUGACUAUCACAGUAGUUAACCUUUUCAUUGAGUCCUGACGAAGGGUCUCGGCCUGAAACGUCGACCGCGCCUCUUCCUAUAGAUGCUGCCUGGCCUGCUGCGUUCACCAGCAACUUUGAUGUGUGUUGCUUGAAUUUCCAGCAUCUGCAGAAUUCCUGUUGUUUGCUUUUCAUUGGAUGUUAGGUUUCAUUAGCAGAAUUCUAAAUUAUAAGAGGACAGCACCAGCAGUGUCUUAUUUAAUUCUGAGAAGGAAUUCUCUGUGAUGACUGACUAGUGCCAUUCAUUAUCAGUUCAGAUUAUGUAUUUUGAAUCUUGUACAGACAUAACAAGAAUUGUAGAAGGAAAUAUUUUUUUGUAAACAAUCAAAUACUAGAGAAAGAAAGACAAGCAAGGUUCACUCAAAGCUGCAUCAGGAUUUCAUUCAACAAAGAAAUCCUUGGGUAGUUACUAAACUACUAGUAGUUACUAGUUCGAGCAAUGAUAAAAAGAAAGGUAUUACCACCCCCUCCCCCCAGCAGAUUCUCUCCACAAACACCCAAACAGUUUUGAUGGUUCUAAGCAUAUGAAAAACAUCAUGAUAAUACCUUAGACAGUAGACAAUAGACAAUAGGCGCAGGAGUAGGCCAUUCGGCCCUUCAAGCCAGCACCGCCAUUCACUGUGAUCAUGGCUGAUCAUCCACAAUCAGUACCCUGUUCCUGCCUUCUCCCUAUAUCCCUUCACUCUGCUAUCAUUAAGAGCUCUAUCUAACUCUUUCUUGAAAGCAUUCAGAGAAUUGGCCUCCACUGCCUUCUGAGGUAGAGCAUUCCACAGAUUCCACCUUCUUCAGCAUUCCAGAGGAAUCAUUUGUUCAAAUCACCUAGCUUCAUUUAGGAUCCAAACAGAGAUAUGAUCAUCUUAUUUUUGAUAGGGCCAAGCAUUUGAGCUGUGAAUCCAGCACAGAAUGCCUUACCUAACCAAACGCUUUGACCCUUUGUACUAGUUACGGCCCAUGAUCAAACCCUAAGAAUGCCUUCAUCUCUGGAAUUCCAUUCCAUUCUUAUCCACAUCUGAUGUUCAAAGAAAGUCCUCUCUUAUGGAAGAGGUAUAAGGAAUGUUGUGUGCUUUCUCAGAAAGGUGUGAAAUAAUAGAAGGCAGGAUGACUCAGGUGGUUGUAAUAUUACUGGGCAGUAGUAUUUCAUGGAGUUUUUGUGCACUGAAUUUAAUACCAACACCUAUUCAGGUCCUCUGCAAAAAAAACCAACAAAAAUUGCAAAAAAAGACAUUUGAGAUACUUUAAAAGAUUUAUACCCUUAAAUUGUAUCAGUGCAGCAGAGGCAACUGCCCCAGUUAAUAAUUAAGUCUUUUAAGAAAACAGAGUACUGACACAGCAGAUUGUGGAUAUUUUCAAAAGAAAAUGAUAUAAUUUUUAUAAACAAAAUGCAAGGGAAAGAAAGUCAUAGAGAGUGCUAACAGUUAAAGCUGCGACCAGUUUCCAUUCAACAGGGAGGCAUCGUACGCUGCAUACUGAAUCUUACAGAAACAACAAAUACUAUGGCUGCUAGGCAGGACAGAGAGGCUGUAGUGGAUAGGAGAGAGCUCUACAAUUCACUCUGUGGGACAUAGAAGUAUUUGUACUAAGUAUGGGCUGAGAAGGAGUCUCUAUGUACGAGGCCAGGUUUCAGUGGUGCAAGGGAGCUGUCGGGGCUCCCCACUGAAGAGCAAUGAAUGUCUGGGAACGUUAGCCAGCAGUGGUAUCCCUUAAGCUACAAAGUAAAUCUGGGGGAAAAAAUUGUGUCAUUAUUAAGUGGCUCAAAGCCUGCUUUCUAGGCUUCUUGUAUAAAAAAAACAAUAGGAUAACUGCCUAACACUGAUUAUGAUCAGAAUCAGGUUUAUUAUCACUGUCUUAUAUGACAUUAAAUUAGUUGUUUUGCAUACGUUUAUCAAAGCACAUCAACUUUGCAGCAUUUCCAUCUUGUGAAAAGAAAAUGCAAUGAUCUUUCCAGACUGAAUUAAAAGGAAAUGACUUUUACACAUGUACAACCAGUGAAGAUAAAGACCAAUGCACCAUGCAGAGUUCCGGUAAGAUGGCAGCGUGCUCAGAUGUAGUGGCUUAUACAGGGCCAAAAAAAUGUGUUAUUGUCCUUUUUAAACAUAUUUGUUAGUAUUGCAAGACCCUGCUGGACUUUAAGAGCUUAAGGUACUACAGGCAUAUCCCAUCAGCGAGUUGCUCAUUUGCCGAGAAACUGAGGAGCUGGACUUGCUGCAGAUCAGGCUGGUGCCUUCACUGGAGAGUUAGUGCGUGAAGAUGGUGUACAGUCUAGGCAAAUGAUCGUCUUAGUGACUUUUCUUGUGCUUGCAAGACCCUGUUAGACAUUGUUGAUAUGGAAUGUUGCAAGUCUGAUUCACUGAUUUAUUGGUGGGUGGUGGGUGAACUGCAGGGCCUCAGUUGUAGCAAUAUGAGGCAUCCAACUGUGGUGUUGCCUGUUUAAAGCUGCCCAGGAAGGAGGUGCUGGAGUCAGUGCGCUCCACUGGAGCACGGGGGUGAACAAUUCGGUGUAUGUACUGCCCUCCAUUGUUCACUCAGCAGAAGACAAGCCAUACUGUGUUGACAACAGACUGCUACAACAUUCAUAGACUCAGUGUCUUGGACUACAUUUUGUUUUUGUGUGUCUGUAUUUUACUAAUAUCUGAGACACCUUAUUCCUUGUGCUGUGUAUGACUGCUGGUACUGUGUUUUUCACAUUGAACCUGGAAUAACGCUGUUUCAUUUGGCAGUAUCAACGGUGUUUAUAUCUGGUUGAAUGGCCAUUAAAAUUUAACUUUAAGAAUUCCAUCCUUCUGAGCCCUCUCUCAUCCCCUUAUGUUAUUGUA